GAAGCCCCUCCUCCGGGAAGAGCCAAGCUGCUGCCCCCUUCUUCCCUCUCCCAAGCUUUGAGUGUCCCAGAGCCGGAGAUGUAUGAAACUUCAGCCCACUGGGAAGUGGAAACAGGCAUUAGAUCAUCAGCGUCACCCUGAGAUCUCUGGGCCGGACAAGAAUCUGCUGGAUACAAAUAACGGAGAAGUGACAAGCUGGGGGAAUUGGUCAGCGGACUGUGGAAGCUUCGGAAGAAGAAGAAGAUCCUGCAUGGAUAACAUGAUGAUGUUCCUGAGCGUGUGUCUUCUAUUCCUCUUACACUUGGCAUCUACAGGUCCUAUCCCCGAAGCUUCAUGUUCGCUGUCACCUGUUACUGAAUCUCACCCCGUCCAAGCCUUGCUGGAAAGCUACACUGUUUUAUCUGGCUGUGCAAGCAAAGGAACAAUAAGUUAUCCCCAAGAGGUCCAUAUCAUAAAUCUGAAAUGUGUAGAGGAAGACCCCUGUCAAAGUGAAAAAGAGGUCGCGUUGCAUCUGACCCCAAUCCCGGCAAUCUCAGUUCAUCAUAAACCUCUGGUGUUCAUCCUAAACUCCCCACGGCCUGUGACGUGGGAGCUGAAGACUGAGAGGCUAGCAGCAGACGUUCCAAGAUAUUUCUUUGUAUCACAUGGCUCAACUGUCCAGUAUGAAGUAGGUAACCUCUCUAUGUCCGCACAAACAGAAGAAAGAUCCCUACCUUCUGUGAAUGAGCACCUGUUACAGUGGACUCAGAGGAACUAUGGGGCUGUUACGUCGUUCACAGAAGUCAAAAUGACCAAAAGAAUAGACAUCAAAGUGGGUGAAGAUGAAAAUUUUCCUGCAACAUGCAGAAUAGAAAAGAACUUUAUAUCACUGAAUUAUCUUGCUCGCUAUGUCCAACCACAACCUGCUGAUGGCUGUAUGAUUAGCCAGAGUGAAGACACAACAGUCCACAUCAUUGAGCUGGAUUCUCCAACCUACUCAUCACAUAGUUCAUUCCAGGUGGACAUAAUCAUUGACAUCAAGCCACUCAAUCCAGAUGCCAAACUUUCCAAGAGUCUUGUUCUAAUUCUGAAAUGUGAAAAGGCAGUGAACUGGGUUAUCAAGACGCACAAUAUUGCAGGCAAACUGCACGUUCUGACUCCAAACAGUGUCAGCUUUGACAAAGAUACAGAAAAAUCUCUUUCGACAAGCAAACUGGUGAUCCCAAACAUUCCGUCAACACAGGAGAGUUUAAUCAAGUGGGCUUCUAAUGAAAAUCACCCAGCAAAUUACUACACUCAUGCAUCAGUGGCAAACAAGUUCUAUAUUAAGCUCAUUGAUGACAUAGUAGAGAUGAGCGAUGACGAAAAGUCAGCGAUCCCUCCUGAAUGGUUAGAAUUACUGCGUUUAAAAGGAAUAGGAGAGUUUAAUCCAACAUCAGAAGAUUUUCGGCACAGGGAAGAUCUGGACGUUGGGGAUUCCCUGAAAGAACCAGAGGAGGCACAGGGGAACAUUAAUGUUGCCUUGUCUGUUAAAUGCGAUGAGACUAAGAUUGUGGCAGCCAUACAAAAAGAAAAUCUACAGCUGUUGACUUGUUGCAUCCUCUUUAAGGCCAAUGGAUACAUAGGGACCGAGCUUUCUCUACUCGAUCCAGUAUGCAGAGCACAGGAAAAUGACACUCAUUUUAUCUUAGAAUCUUCCCUGGAGGGAUGUGGAACACAGCACACCAUUGAUGGCACAAGUAUUGUUUACUUUAAUACUAUUGUUAUACAGCUAUCACCACCCACUGAGGGAAGUGGCUGGCCUAGCGAUUACGAGGAUUUGGAAUCUGGCGAUAGCGGGUUUCCAGGAGACACAGAGGAAACUGAAAUAGGUCUUCCAUACUUGAAGCGUCCUGAAAUUGUGGUGUUUAACUGUACAAUGCCGCAGGAUACUGCGUCCCCCUUUGAUCUCAUCUUUGCUCAUCCAGACGCAGCAAUAAACAACGUUACAUUUAACAUGGAGCUUUAUAAAACAGAUCUGUUCCUUACACCAUCUCAGAACUAUUUCUCAGUGGCUGAAAACGAACAUGUUUAUGUGGAGGUCUCCUUAACCAAGGCAGAAAAAGAUCUGAGCUUCAUGAUCCAGACGUGUUUUGUUUCUACUUCCUCCAAUUCUGAUUUGCUAAGCGAUUAUACAAUCAUAGAGAACAUCUGUCCCAAAGAUGAUUCUGUCAAGUUCUACAAUGUAAAGAAACUAAACUACCCUAAAUCACAAGAGCAAACAGAAAAGAAACGCUUCAGCUUCAUGUUUAAGUCUAUGUUUAACACUUCUCUGCUCUUCCUGCAUUGUGAAUUGACCUUAUGCACAAAUAAAGACGGAGAGAUGGAUAACCUACCCAAGUGCAUUCCUCCUGAUGAAGCCUGUACAUCUCUUGACAGCAGCAUGAUACUAGUAAUGAUGAACAAUAAGAAGUCAUUCACAAAGCCGCUAGCGGUGAUCACAGAGGAGAAAACGUCAGAUACUCCAAUCAAUCCAAACCGUCCAAGUUUACCCCAACCGGUUUUCUAUGGCCUGGACACCCCAACUGUUGUCGGAAUUGCCUUUGCAGCAUUUAUAAUUGGUGCCUUAUUAACGGGAGCCUUGUGGUACAUCUAUUCUCACACAGGUGAUACAGCAGGAAGACAGCAGGUCCCCACAACCCCACCAGCUUCGGAAAACAGCAGCGCGGCUCAUAGCAUUGGCAGUACACAAAGCACCCCCUGUUCCAGCAACAGCACUGCCUAACCCAAAUCAUGGCACAAGAGGAACGAAGAUCAGCUACAGGGGCAGAGGUUCAAAGUCACUGUUUGUUGACAUUAAUUCUUCAAGCUUGGAAGGAAUUUGUGGAGUUCUUUCUGUGCAGAAAAAGGGAUCAGUGUAAUAUCUGCCUGUUUUUUUGUUUUUGUUUUUUUCUGGAUAAAUGCAGUCUUUGGGUUAGUCCAAAGAACGUCAUACCAAAAAAGUGGUAAUACUACUAAUUAUGCAGAGUCCAGACCUGCAAUAUGGGUUUCCUUGGCUGUCAAUGUGAAUUGUGUGCCAGUUUUAGAUAUGCUGCUUGUAUCCCUUUUAUUCUGCAUUAAAGUGCAAUGGUUUUGUAUAUAGAAAGAGAAAAAUAAUUAUAUAUAUAUAUAUGCAUAGACUGUAUAUAUAAUAUAAGAUUGAUUGUACAACCAUAAGUGCUUUAAUGCAGUAUAAACUAUUUAGCCACUAUUAAGCAGCAGUUUGUUGAAUGUUAAUGUUUUGCUGUUCUGAAAUGCUGCGUGCACCUAAAGUGUGUUUGGUGUGAUGUUGUAUAUAAUCUUUCAGCUUUCUCACUCAGCAGGGUGACCCUUCGACUAUUCACAAGCAUAUUUGAUUAGUAGCACAAAGAUAAUAUGAGAUGUAGAGUAACUCUUAGAAACCAAUUGAAUUUGAGUUUACUGAUGUCAAGUCAGUAAAAGAAAAAUUCUGAUUGUCUGCUAUGGGUUGCUGCACAUUCAAGGACCAAUAGUACUCUCCCUCAAUCUCUAUGUUAACCUGCAAUCUCGGAGAUGUCUUAAUUCUAAUCUAGAGAUUACAAGAUGCAUGCUUUGUUUAAUGGGUCUGCACCUGGAAAAACAUUGGGAUUGAUUAACUAAAACUGGAGAGUGCAAAAUCUGGUGCAGCUGUACAUAGAAACCAAUCAGCUUCUAACUU